AUGCCGUUGCUGGUGAGAUGCUGCUCCAGUGCUAUCCCCCCUGCUGCUGCAUCCGCUGAAGAAAUGGCGGGAGAUACUUACUGCUACGCGUUGGGGGAGUUUGGCAUGAUGAAGUUUGACAGACAAAAGUUCAUACCCCUCGAGAAGUUCAUGAAGGUCAACUCAGUUUUCGAGCGAGCACCAACUGACAGAUUGAUAUCACCAAUUUCCUUUUUCUCAGCACACCCGUAUUUCACAUCAGAGUCCGCAAAGCAAUGGAUCCGGGCAGGAUAUCUGCAAGUGCACUUCGCCAACAAAUUGAAGUUGUCAAUUUCGGGAGCUUUUGUUGAUGGUAAUGUAGGGGUAAUUGAAGGGAUUAACAUUAUUGCCUUUCUAAAACUUGACACAAACCUGUCCAGCAGCAGCAGCAGUGUUCCAGAGCCGUAUCCAAUGACAUUCGCUGGGUUCUCAAAUUUUCUCCAAGCAAAGAUGAGAGAGGCCUAUCCAGAUGCAAGCUCUAUGUCAGAAGGGUUAGAGGCGCUAAUGAUGCUUACUAUCAGUGAUGAUAUGGUGAAGGGAUGGCUUGGAAGGAAGCAGAAGCAGCCUGGGCUGCUGGGGGCCUUUGGUAUCCCUGCACCACCAGGUGCGCAGUGUAACCUGAAACUGCUCACAAAGCUUGAAAGGAAUCAUCUAGAGGUGCUGACCAGGAAGGCUUACUCAAUUCCUGCACCAUCAACUACCAGCACACAGCCAGCUCCAGCACCAUCAACUACCAGCACACAGCCUGCUGUUCCAGCUCCAGGAUCGUCCACAGCUCCAGCAUCGUCAACUGCGAGCACAGGAUCUAGCAACCAGAUUAAGACCCCCCCCCCAAAUCCAAGCGAGGCAAUAGUGUUGGAUGUGCAUCGGCACUGCACGGUGCACAUUGUUGAAGACGCACAUGUUGCUCGCUGCUCGAUACUUCCUGCAGGUAACCAAGCAAGUUUGAAGAAGAACCCAAUGGGCUGGAAAGAUGGCGUUCACCUGAUGCUGCACAGGUUUCCAAGUUGUAAAACUUUCUGUUCUGGGUUGCAUGAUGUUGUUCCCACGAGAGAUCUCUUUUAUCUUUUUGUGAACUUGGUUGUCGUGUCUAGAGGGUAUUCUGAGUGCACGUUCUUUACAAAUGUUAAGAAGGUGAUAUUCAAACGGAGUGGUGCCAUCCCUGACGAGUGUCGGUGGCGAUGGUUGCCUCAGCCUGCAGUUCCUCGACCUCUCUGGGGACGUGCUCGUCGGUGGCAUCCUCGGAGCCUGGGCAACUGUACCGAGCUGCAGGCGCUGUUACUGUCCUCGAACAAUCUGGAUGACAUCAUUCCGCCGGAGAUUGGUCGGCUCAAGAACCUGCGUGCUAUGGAUGUGUCCAGGAACAGUCUGAGCGGACCUGUGCCAGCGGAGCUUUGGUGGUUGCGUUCAGCUGUCGGUGCGUGUGUUGUCCAAUCGAAGCUGAGGAUGUUGUGUGGGGGCCAAGGGCCACAUUGGAGGGAGAGUUGCCGGGUAAUUGGAGUUCUUGCCAGAGCUUGA